GGUUAAUACUGCUAAAUAUGAGACGAUCAGCAGCACCAAGUCAGUUGCAAGGGAAUCCCUUCAAAAAACCAAAAUUUAUAUCACCAGCAAGAAGUCAUCCAAGUCCUAAUGAAGAGGUUGCAAAACUGAAUUCAGAAAUAAAGUUAUUUGAGGUUGCUGCAAAUAAGAAUAAUUUUCUCCAGCCACAAAAUGAUCCCAGAAUAUGCAAUUUUAAUUUGCCUACUGAAGAAUGUGCUAAAGGAAUUAAUCAUGGGGAUAAUCACAGGGAAAAAUAUUGUUUGGAAGCAUCUACAAAGGCAACAUUAGAUCUACAUCAUACAGUGCAAACUUGGAUGAGGAAGCACAGGCUGGUACCAGUUCACUACAGGUAAUGUUGGACCGCCAUCCAGUUGCUAUUACAGUGGAGGUGAAGCAAGAAGAAGACAUUAAGCCCCCUCCUCCACUGGUUUUAAAUUCUCAACAGAGUGAUACUUUAGAGCAAAGAGAAG